GCCAAUGAAAUCCAUCGGCUGAGACACUGCCUCUGGAGAAGGUAACCGCAACGCGGACCGGCGACGUGUGUUUAGAGUUAAUCACAACAAUGGCAUCAUCGAAGAAAAAAGUCUGCAUCAUAGGAUCAGGAAACUGGGGUUCAGCAAUUGCCAAAAUUGUGGGGAACAAUGUCUUGGCCCUGCCAGACAAGUUUGACACAGAGGUUCGGAUGUGGGUGUUUGAGGAAAAGGUAGAUGGACGGAACCUAACAGAAAUCAUAAACAACGACCAUGUCAAUGUUAAAUAUCUCCCAGGAAUUCAGCUUCCAAAGAGUGUGGUAGCUAUACCUGAUGUGAAGGAGUCUGCAGAGAAUGCAGACAUUCUGAUCUUUGUGUUGCCACACCAGUUUGUACGAGGAGUUUGUAAACAGUUAGAUGGUAAAGUCAAGAAAAGUGCCAUUGCUGUCUCUCUCAUAAAGGGUUUUGAUGUAGCAGAAGGAGGUGGUAUACUGCUGAUAUCAGAUGUGAUACGAGAAGUGUUAAAGAUUCCUUGUGCAGCUUUAAUGGGAGCUAAUAUUGCCAAUGAGGUAGCCAAAGAAAAUUACUGUGAGGCCACGAUAGGUAUUAAAGUUCAAGAGCAUGGUCCUCUCCUGAAAGAUCUAUUCCAGACAGAUUAUUUUAGAAUUGUUGUUUGUGAUGAUGAAACAACAGUGGAAGUAUGUGGUGCUCUUAAGAACAUUGUGGCAGUAGGAGCUGGUUUUGCUGAUGGUUUGGGCUAUGGUGACAACACAAAGGCAGCUGUAAUUAGAUUAGGUCUCAUGGAAAUGAUCAAGUUCUGUGAAGUCUUCUAUCCAGACUCCAAUCAAUCCACAUUUCUGGAGAGCUGUGGAAUCGCUGAUCUCGUCACCACUUGUUAUGGAGGCCGAAACAGAAAAGUAGCCGAGGCUUUUGUAACUACUGGAAAGUCAAUAGAGACAUUAGAAGCUGAGAUGCUGAAUGGUCAGAAGUUACAAGGCCCACCCACUGCUUAUGAGGUCAAUUACAUGCUCAAGAGUAAAAACAUGGAAGAUAGGUUUCCAUUAUUUACUGCCAUACACGAUAUAUGUAAAGGAAAAUUGGAGGCCAAAAAGUUCAUGGACUGCUUAAAGAACCAUCCAGAACACAUGUUGCGUAAGCCUCGCCUUUAGAUCUUUCUACAAGCUUCUGGGAAUGACUCUCUGCUGCUUUUACUUUUCCUUUUAGUGCAUGUCAUCUAUAGCAAGCUUAAUAGUAUAAAGUAUGCAUAUUUUCUAACAAUCCUACAGCUUUCAUAUUCAUUUGUUUUAUUUUGUCUCCAUUAUUUAUUAAUUAUUUAUGCAUGCUGGUAUGCAGGCUUUUAUAUAUACAUGUAUAUCCAUAUUCCUACCCUGUUUUCUGUGUCUUUGCAUGCUUUUUAGUCUUCUCGUAGGCCUGCUUCUUAUGAAUUGAAACAAGAUUAAAUACAGUUUAAGAUAAUUGAAGUUACACCAAUAUUUCAUUGUUAUCAGCACUUCUUAUUUAAAAAAAAAACAAUAAUGAUUAAAAAGAAAUAACCCACAUUUGUUUACAGCAAUGAUUGUUAAUUAUACAUUUGUUGACUUUAUCUGUAUUCAUAGAAUUUAUCUGUAAAAUAUGGUUGUGUUAUAAAAAUCCUUUUUGGGCAGCAAAUUCAAACAAAAUUAAAGAUUCACCUCAUCACUGCUUUCAUUUCAUUGAUUUUUAUCAACUUGCUUCUUCUUCAUAGUCAUUAUUAUGAAUUUAUUUUCUGUUGCAAUGUUGCAUAUCCUUCUCAAUGACUGUUAGAUAUUACAUGAUGUACUUAAGGAUGAUAGAGGUAUAAUCUAGUGGUAUUAUAUUAAUUUGUGAUUGUUGCUGUCAUGUAUGAAUUGUGGGGACAUUAAAUGAUAAAUAUUUUA